AUGAUGUAAACGAGGUAAAAGACGUCAUUCCCCGGUAAAUGACAUCAUUUACCUAAAAAUUGGUAAACGUUGUAAAUGCAGACAUUCUCCGGUUAUUGUCGUCAAUCACCAGUUUAAUUGGAGAAUGAUGUUCAAUAUUUUUAUGUCGAUGUGAACGAUCAGCGAUAAGCGUGUAGGUGCUGAAUAAGCUUCGUUAGUUGAAAAUAUACACGAGCACAAAUUUCUCCGUGUAAAGAAAAAUUUCUAGAGCUAGAUGAAGCCAUGAAAAAAAUUAAAGACAGGGAAAUAACAUUAAGAGAAGCCGCAGGACACGGAAUAGCUGGUCAUCAAGGAUUUAAUCGAUGCAACUGCAAAACUGGUUGUGGUACUAAAAAAUGUGCUUGCAAUGCAGCGGAAAUGUUGUGCAGUUCAAAAUGUCAUGGAAACCAAAAUUGUCACAAUAAAUCAUUAUUAUAAAUAGUACCUAUAGUAAAACAAUCAGUGUAUUAUUUGAGAUUUAUCAUCAUUUACCACUAGUUUUGGUAAAUGACAUCAAUGACCGGUGAAAGAUGUACAUUUGAAUUUAAAAUCUGGUUUUUUACAUCAUUUACCUAUAUAAUCGAAUCAUUUUGGUAAAAGACGUCAUCCACCGGAGAAUGACGACAUUCACCAAUAUUCAU